UUCUCUCCAGAAAGGGUUUGUAACUCUGUUGCACCAUGUGUGGCAUUUGGGCGCUCUUUGGCAGCGAUGACUGCCUUUCUGUGCAGUGUCUGAGUGCUAUGAAGAUUGCACACCGGGGUCCAGAUGCAUUUCGUUUUGAGAAUGUCAAUGGUUAUACCAACUGCUGCUUUGGAUUUCACCGGUUGGCAGUGGUUGACCCCCUGUUUGGGAUGCAGCCAAUUCGAGUGAAGAAAUAUCCUUAUUUGUGGCUCUGUUACAAUGGUGAAAUCUACAACCACAAAGCGAUGCAACAACGUUUUGAGUUUGAAUACCAGACCAAAGUGGAUGGUGAGAUAAUCCUUCAUCUGUAUGACAAAGGAGGAAUUGAGCAAACAAUUUGUAUGUUGGAUGGGGUGUUUGCAUUUAUUUUACUGGACACUGCUAAUAAGAAAGUGUUCCUGGGCAGAGAUACCUAUGGAGUCAGACCUUUGUUUAAAGCUUUAACAGAAGAUGGAUUUCUGGCUGUGUGUUCAGAAGCUAAAGGUCUUGUUUCACUGAAGCACUCCACAACACCCUUUUUAAAAGUAGAGCCUUUUCUUCCGGGACACUAUGAAGUUUUGGAUUUAAAGCCAAAUGGCAAAGUUGCAUCUGUGGAAAUGGUUAAAUAUCAUCACUGUCGCGAUGAACCAUUGCAUGCCCUCUAUGACAGCGUGGAGAAACUCUUCCCAGGUUUUGAGAUAGAAACUGUGAAAAACAACCUGCGUAUCCUUUUUGACAAUGCUGUUAAGAAGCGUUUGAUGACAGACAGAAGGAUCGGCUGCCUUUUAUCAGGGGGCUUGGACUCCAGCUUGGUUGCUGCCACCUUGUUGAAGCAACUGAAAGAGGCCCAAGUACAAUAUCCUUUUCAGACCUUUGCCAUUGGCAUGGAAGACAGCCCCGAUUUACUCGCUGCUAGAAAGGUGGCAAACCAUAUUGGAAGUGAACAUCAUGAAGUCCUCUUUAACUCUGAGGAAGGCAUUCAGGCCCUGGAUGAAGUCAUAUUUUCCUUGGAAACUUAUGACAUUACAACAGUUCGAGCAUCAGUAGGUAUGUAUUUAAUUUCCAAGUAUAUUCGGAAGAACACGGAUAGUGUGGUGAUCUUCUCUGGAGAAGGGUCAGAUGAACUCACACAGGGCUACAUAUAUUUUCAUAAGGCUCCUUCUCCUGAGAAGGCCGAGGAGGAGAGUGAGAGGCUUCUGAAGGAACUCUAUUUGUUUGAUGUUCUUCGCGCAGAUCGAACUACUGCUGCCCAUGGCCUUGAACUGAGAGUCCCAUUUCUGGAUCACCGAUUUUCUUCCUAUUACUUGUCUUUGCCACCAGAAAUGAGAAUUCCAAAAAACGGAGUAGAAAAACAUCUUCUGAGAGAGACGUUUGAGGACUCCAACCUGCUACCUAAAGAGAUUCUUUGGCGACCAAAAGAAGCCUUCAGUGAUGGAAUAACCUCAGUCAAGAACUCCUGGUUCAAGAUUUUACAGGAAUAUGUUGAACAUCAGGUUGAUGAUGCAGUGAUGGCAACGGCAGCCCAAAAGUUUCCCUUCAAUACUCCAAAAACUAAAGAAGGCUAUUAUUACCGUCAGAUCUUUGAACGCCACUACCCAGGCCGGGCUGACUGGUUGACCCAUUACUGGAUGCCCAAGUGGAUUAAUGCCACUGACCCUUCUGCUCGCACUCUGACCCAUUACAAGUCAGAUACCAAAGCUUAGAUGCUCUCAAAGCUUUGUAAAAGGAAAUCUUUCUUCUGGUUGUGACUUCAGGGCCUUUGGGACAGAUAAGGGAACAAUAUGAAUCAACCACUCAGGCUUACUUGGGGCAUGAAAAAAAUAAAGAUCUUACAUCU